UAUAUAGUAGAAAAAUUAUUUAGUUAAUUUUUCCCCUUUUUUUCUCUUUUUUUUUUUGUUUGAAAUAAUGAGAAUAAGGAAACGUUUUCCUCCUCCGUCAGAUCCCCAACUAAACACCAAAAAUGAAUCUCUACCGUCUGAUCUUCCAAAUCUAAGUCUUCCACAGCCGUCUGAUCAACCGGCAACCGUCAUCGGAGCUAAAACAACCACCAGCUGGGUUCUCUUUGGUGGCAACAACAAUAAUCCACCAAAAAUAGAAAAAAAGGAUGAGGAAUAUGAAGAUGGGAAAUUAUGGAGAGAGAAAAAAGAGAGUAUUGAUAGUAAUAUUGACAAUGAUAACAAGAAAGCAUUAAGUUUUUUGAGUACAACACAAAUAGGUUCUUUGCUUCAUCAACCAUCAUCUUCUUCUGAUCUAGAUGGUAGAUGGUGUGAAGAAGAUCAUAAGGUAAUUCCAUUGAAAAAGAGAUCAAGAGACAACUAUCACCACCACCAUCAUCACGACACAAGUAAUAUUAACACGAUGAAAUCGAAGACAAACAAGAAAUGUCCACAAGAAAAUGGUAACGAGGGGGAGCAAGAACACGAGGAACAUUAUCAACGAAUUAACAGUGAUCAUAAAGUUGAACACGUAAACAAAAAGAACAAAAGAGGAAGUGUUAUAUUAGAGGGAUCAAGGUGUAGUCGUGUUAAUGGAAGAGGAUGGAGAUGUUGUCAACAAACCCUUGUGGGAUAUUCAUUGUGUGAACAUCAUUUGGGUAAAGGAAGACUUAGAAGCAUGAAUAGUACUACAGUUCGAAACUCGAUGAAUAAUAAGAAAAAGAAGAAGAAAGGAGAAGAAAAAGAUAAGGAAUCGUACGCGUUGUCAAAUGAUCAUGAAUAUUAUGAUGUUGAUGAUGAUAAUGAUGAUGACGAUGACAAGAAAAAGACGAAGAAGAAGAAGGUGAAGAAGCUUGGAAUGGUGAAAGCUAGAUCUCUGAGUAGUCUACUCGGUCAAACAGAUAAUUCAGUUGCUAUGAUGAUAAUUGAUAGUAAUAAUAAUAAUAACGGGUAGCUAGCAAAUUAUGAAGAUGACGAUCAGGUAUUAUUUUAUGUACUUAAAUGUUAUAAUUAGUGGUCGUGUCAGAUCAUUCAAAAUGUAAUGUUAUGCUUAUGCAACUAUGUUUAGGGUUCAACAUGCAUGUGACAAUUAUGUUAUUAUUGAAGGACUCAAGUAACUAAUAUAGCUAAUUGGAAAGUUUUUUUUUUUUUUUUUGGUUUGAUAUUUUGUACAAGAUGUAGCUAAGACAGUUUGCUCAUAUAAUAUAUUUUUUUUUAAUUGCAUGAA